AUGUCACGGAAUCUUUUACCAUUCUUGUACCAGACAAGGACACUGCAACUGGCUUGCAGACGUCCCGCUUCAAUUUUUUUUACACAAAAAGCUGGUGUGGCGACUCAUGUGAGUCGCCCCAGAAAGAUUGAUAAUUCAAUUCCUUUCGAGUUUGACGACGAGGACACGGAAGAUAUCCAAGGUCUCGACCCAGAUGCCGACGCCCAUAUUGAACCGGAAGGGACUUUGACUCCUGGUGAAACUGAAAUCUUCAAGCGCAUUUUUGACGAUAUUUCUAAUGCCCGUCUACGUCAAAAUAAGAAGUCUGCUCGUACUCAAAAGGCUCAACCUACUGAAAAAUCAACUCCAUCAGACUUGGAAAAGCAGCGCAUGGGUGAUACCCUUGUCGAGAAAGCUCGAGGUGCAAAUGCUAGCGAUGACUUCCUGAAACGCUAUCCAUUUUCGCUGCGGAAAGCUGCACAGAAUGCCCUUGGCAAGUUUGAGUCUGCGCCAAAACGUCCCAAGCUGUAUAACCUGGCUGAGUUGGACAAGGCAGAGAAGGCGCAGAUGCGUAAAUGGACAAAUUACGAAGAUCUGAGAGAAAAGGAAAGGGCAAGAGUUAUGAAUCUGAUGAAGAAGUGCAACAGCGAUGUUGAGUUGUGGGAUGUUAUGGAGAAGGAAGUUUUCUCAUUACCUAAGGAGCUGGGUAUUGUUGAAGAACCAAAGACUGUCAAGAGGGGACGGAAGCCCAAGAAUGAGCCCGCGAAAGAGGAGAAGAAGGUCACGACUAAGGAUGAGAAGCCUAUCAUGGAUGUUCAUGGCUACCUUUACUCUGACUUCCUGACUUAUGGCCUGAAUCAACUGGACACCGCAUUCCCGAAACCUUCUCUGCUCGCCUUCAAUAUUCUCCCCCGAAUUAAGGAACUCGGCCUCUCCUCCUACGUCCUCGGUGUAUCUUCGCCCCUUUUCAUCAAGCUUGCUCAGAUUUACUGGGAGCGUUACGGCGAUGCUGAAUCUGCCUGUGACGCUCUUGACGAGAUGAAGCCAUUGGGCAUCUUCCCCACAGAGAUCGAAAAGAUAAAGGAGGUUGAGAAAGUGGUUAAACAGAUUGAAGAGCACCUUCACAGCUGCACCUGGGGAGCCCAAGGACCUUUUGUUAUGGCUAUGAUGCAAGGAGGUCCCUAUGAUGCUACCCUCACGGCUCGCCUUGGACGCUUGAAGGGCAUUAUCGCGAGGAAAUACUUCUACAACGAAAGAGAUGCUAUGAAUUCGGCGCAGGAUGUGGAGGUGAAGCUCCAGCAUCUCGAGGCUGCACGAUAA